AUGGAAUACAUCCAACCAAAACAGCUAUACACCCGCAUCCUGGAUAACGUACCUUGGAAAACGGAUCCAAACGCGAAAGGUGAUCCUAGGAAAAGCGUGAAAUGGAUCGACGGCUUAAGAGGAAUUGCCUCCUUUCUCGUCGUCCUAACUCACCUGGCGCGUGCAUGGGACUACGACCUAUUCGCACCCCGCGACAGUGAAGACGUCGCACCGCGCAUUCUCCAGUGGCCCGUCUUGCGAAUUCCAUGGCAGGGUCGUCUCGGAGUCACCAUCUUCGCCUUCUUGACCGGUUACGUGUGUGCAUUGAAGCCUUUCAAGCAGUCUCGCAAUGGCGACAUGCUUGGUUCAUUUACUUCCGUGGCCAAGAGCGCAUUCCGUCGCCCGCCACGUCUUAUUUUCCCCGCAACCAUCGCCCUUCUUAUUUCCUGGGUCAUGGCUCAGUGUGGUGCUUUUAUCACUGCCAACCGUUCGGACUGUUGGUGGUGCCGUUAUGCUGCCCCGGAUCUGGCGCCGACGUUCUGGGAGGAGUUUGUGCGGUUGUUUAAGAACUUUUUGGACGUCUGGACAACCGGGUAUAUGGCAUAUGAUGAUCAUCAGUGGGCGUUAUUGCCGCUGUUGAAAGCCGCGAUGCUGGUCUACGUGAUGCUUUGCAUCACCAUGUUCGUCAAGUUCCGAUGGCGUCUGGCUAUCUACUUGGGAAUGACCCUUUACUUCCACCAAGACGCCGCCAAAAACACAGAAACCUUCCAAAUGCAGGCAAUCUACGGCAUGUUCCUCAGCGACCUCUCCUACUCAACAUCAUGGAAAGAGUUCAUCGAAAACCACAAAUGGCUCCGUCGAGUAGUCGCAGCUACGCUCACCUGCACGGGUCUCUUCAUCUGCUCCUACCCAGGCGAACACCCGGAAUGGGCAACCUGGUCAAACUACAUGUUCGAGGCCGCCCAGUACAUCUUCCCACCGGGCGUGAACAUCGGCAAACGCUACUCCGCCAUCGGCGUCGACAUGAUCAUCUUCGCAAUCUACAUCUCCCCUUCCACAAAGGAAUUCCUCGCAAACCGUCUUCUCCUCUGGCUCGGAAAGCAGAGUUUCGCCGUCUACCUUGUCCACGGAACACUCCUGCGCACCGUACUCUGCUGGAUGCUGUACGGUAUUACCGGCCAGCCUUGGGAAGGGGAUAUCGUGGAUGGAAAUGGCCAGCCUAUUUUGGAUGAAAACGGCGAGCCGCUCCACCCGCACUGGAUCCCUAUUCGGGCUCCUUGGGUCGUUGGGACCUCGAUCCCGGCUUGGAUCGUGUUGGUUUAUAUUUUUGCGUCGCUGUGGACUUCGUACGUUGAUCCGUUCUGUGCGAAGAUGACGCAGAAGGUGGAGAAGCUUAUGUUUGAGGAGGAUGAGACGUCUGCUGAGUCGCUUCCUCUUAAUAACGUGCCUAUGGCCGCUAUGCCCACUGUGUAG